CGUCCGUCGAUUCAAUGAGAAACCAUAGAAGAAGAAAACGAAGACGAUCAAACAUGGCGGUGCCGGCUGGACGUUCCGUUGUGUUUGUCACCGGAAACGCGAAAAAACUUGAAGAAGUAGUUCAGAUUCUUGGCGACAAGUUUCCGUACAAACUUAUCUCGAAGAAAAUUGACUUGCCUGAAUACCAAGGAGAACCAGAUGAGAUUUCCAUACAGAAGUGCAAGGAGGCGGCGAGACAGAUUGACGGCCCAGUCAUAGUGGAGGACACCUGUCUAUGUUUCAAAGCACUGGGAGGCUUGCCAGGCCCUUACAUAAAGUGGUUUCUGGAUAAGCUCCAGCCAGAAGGUUUGUACAAACUCCUCGCCGGCUUUGAGGAUAAAUCCGCAUGGGCCCUCUGCACGUUUGCAUUUACGUCCGGAAAAGACGAGCCGGUGGAGCUGUUCAGAGGGAUAACACAGGGCUGCAUCGUGGAACCCAGGGGACCUCGAGACUUUGGAUGGGACCCUUGUUUCCAGCCAGAAAGCUUUGACAAAACCUAUGCGGAGCUGCCGAAAGCUGUCAAGAACUCCAUUUCUCAUCGAUACCGGGCACUAGCGGCCAUGUCAGAGCACUUUUCACCACACGCCAAGAGGAAGAAGACAGACGAUUGAGUGAGCGUGUUGUUGCGGUUGAGUAGUUUCUACUUCAGUACAAGUGAGCUCGAUGUGUGCUUCCAGUCAUUUGCUCAUAAUAAAUGUUUUGCUCAUUUUAUUUUAAA